AUGGGUUUCUUCAGCCGGUUUCGAAAGCGCUCCAAAUCUCAGAGCCGUGCGGGGAACGCAGUCACUUAUGACAAUCUCCACAUCGACAAGCAGAAUGGCGUUCCUCCUUUGCCUAUCCGUGUGGUCGGUCGGGAUCUGACCAAAGACCUGCCUCGACAUGUGCUGGCGCGCAUCUUCACUUUUGUCUGUCCUCAUACGGCGGAUGACAGCUACAACACUUCCGAGGAGUCCAUGACCGAGGAUGGCUGCAUGCUCUGUGACAUGCGCGAUCUGGCACACUCUGCGUUGGUGUGUAAGCGCUGGUUUACAGAGGCUCGGAAUUUACUUUACACCCAUAUUCGUAUCGAUCCGGUUCAUUACUGCGAACGCGAAGUCGAAUUGGCCGCCAAGCGAAAACGCCGCUCCUUUUUUGAUCGCAAUGGCGACCCUAUCGAUGCGCCGCAAGUCCGUUUAAACCUUCUAAUGCAAGCUGUUCGACAAUCGCAGGGCCUGGGAAACCUGGUUCUGUCCCUCCGUAUGCCGUAUAUGACCCGAGAGGCCAACAAGGCCGAAAUCGCACGGACCGUCUCCGUCUUACCCAAUCUUCGAUAUGUGGACUUGCCAUCCGGAAUAUCCCAUGACGAUGCAUCUUGUAUUCCUCUGAAACAGGAGCUGAUGGCACGAUGUCCGGAUCUCCGUCGGACAAGCUAUCGCCACGGCUCUGAGGGGAGCUUUGCACAACUGCCCGGAUCUCACCUCUGGAUGAACCUGGAGGUCUUGGAAUUGGCUGGACUACAGCUUGAGCCCAAUAUUCUUCGGUUUUCUCUGGCGUCUUUCCCAAAACUUCGUGAAUUAACUUUGGACGACCUUGAGUGGCUUGACGAUUCCUGCUUUAUCCCCUCUACGUCUCUGCCAGCGUUUCCAGCCGUCCAACGGCUAACCCUUCGAGAUACCCCUAACGUUACGGCAAGCGGGCUUGCCGCGUUUUUGGCUCUUCCAGCUAAUCGAAAUGCUUUGCAGCAUCUAAUUCUCUCGUCUACAGGGGUUGUCCCGUCGGCCCUGCAUCAGAUUCUCGCUAUCGCGCCGAGACUCCUUGAGCUCUCAAUCGUCCAAGAGGUUGCCCGCUCGUUUCCGGCAGAAAAGGUGCCACCACUGGCAUCAAGGUCACUUACUAUGCUACAUUAUGAGAUUACUUCCAACACCAGUCCCCGCGGCCUGAUCCCAGCCGCAAACUCAUACUAUACCUAUUUGAUUUCCUCGCUUAUGUCCAACUCUCUCCCUACCCUACGCGACCUCUAUGUCCGUGAUGCGACCUUCCCGGAAACACUUUUGCUUGCGCCUCCCCCGCGACUAUUUGGAGGCGGCGAAAAGGGGCCCGAGUUUUCCAUGGGUGGUCUGUCGCAACCACUCAAUGUAUAUAGUAAAGGCCUGGACGAACUGGAGUGGAACUUUACUCCGUAUGAACCAAUCUCGACGCGGGGUCGUCGGGAUAGCACUACACGGCCGGUUAGUUUCCACGAGGCACAGUUGAGUCGGUCCUGGGGCGGUGAUGCGAGAAAGAGUGUGUUGGUAGGCAACGGCUUCGGCGGGUUCCUUGCUGUGCCUGUAGAAGAAGAGCGUCCCAAGAGCAGUGGGGGAUGGAGACGAGAAAGCCGAGGGGAUCUAUGGCGAUGA